CUCCCCGGCAGCCCCACGUCAUACUAGUUUAAAACAAGGACAAAAAAGUUGUCGGGUGAACGAUAGAAGAAAAAAAACCGUGAAGCCGUCCCCUCCCCUAUACCAGCGGGAGUGAGGCAGAGGGAGAACGUGUGACAGAGGAAGAGAGUACCGAGUGAGUGAGGGCUGAGCGCGAGGGAAAUCCCUCGGCAUUUUCCCACUAAACCAGUGUUAAGUUGUUUUGGACGUUUCCGAGCGACUCUCAAGAAACACCACCGCUCGACCGAGUGACCGUGCGCUCUUGUUGACCUGAGAUCGGACACUCUGAGAGCUGAAGACAGGGCGACAGAAUGAGGUUCGGAUUUAUUUGCAGGCUUUGUGUGUUGUGGAUGUGUGCGCUGACCGCCCUCUCCCAGACUACGGCUCAGAAACCAGCUGCAGGGCGGCGCUCUCGCCAGGCAGAAGGGGAGGAGCUGGAGGGGGUGUGGUCUCCAUGGGGGGAGUGGGGGGAGUGUUCUCAGAGCUGUGGCAUGGGCGUGUCUGAGAGAAAGAGGCAGUGCUUACCUCCUCCACAAACCCCGCCUCAGACAUGGCCUGGUUCCGCCUACCUGCCCCCAGGUGUCCCAAACCACUCCCCUGUCAUCUCAGCCAUCCGCCCCUACCACCCCUCCGUCUACCCGGGGAACGAAGGGCCCCACUAUGGAGGGGGAGGCGUGGGCAACAGGCAGCCAUCGUACCCCCCUGCCCAGCCAACCAAUCCCAACCCUGGACUACCUCUCUACCGUAGUGAGCCGGGAGUGGGCGGGCCCAAUCAGCCCAGUCAUAUGGCUCCUUUCUAUCCGCCAGCCAAUCAGGAUACAGCAUCUCUUUACCAACCUUCGUCUUACCCGUCAUCAGGCUCUUCUCCAGCACUCAGUUACGGCCAAUCAGGGCGGCCAUCCAGGCGACAACCCAAUCACGGGCCAGGCAGGUCUGAAGGGGGCGGGAGCCGGAGGUCAGUGUCCAAUAACCGGGACUCUUUGUCAUUCAGGAGGUCCAAUUCCAACAUUCGCCCGGGGCAGUUUGGCUACGGCAGGGUGCCCUAUUCUCUGCCACUGCACCGGCCCAGUCGCCACACGCGCCACACCCGUCGCCAUGGCAAUGCCACCGUCACGCCGGCAUUGGAGUCUGAGAGGGAGGGGCUUUCCCUGAGUGACGAGUCUCGGGAGGGGCUGGAGAAGAGAGGAUCCGAAGGGGCUGUGAGGGGACACAGAGAGAGGAAUAAAGAGAGGAGGAGAAGAGAGGAGAAGGAGGAGGAGGAGGAGGAGGAGGAGGGAGGGAAGGAGAGAGCGGAUACGGCCUCAACGUCUGCAGCCCCGGCCAGAACCAGCCGACCGGACCGUCAGGACCGACCACACCGACCUGCCCGACCUGCCGUCAGAGAGGGGUCACGGAGGGCAGGCCCGAACACACACACCCGCUCAUACACACACACCACAGACACACACAGGCAUGCGGACUCCCACAGAGCCACUCACACUCUCACAGACACACACCAGCACAGGGACAGGCCUGGAGCUGGCCAACCUGUGUUGCCACCCCAGAGACACACACCUGGGCAGGUGCCCCCCGACAGACAGGUGAACCGCCGCCCCCGCCCCCCCUACGGCAUGCCGCUGCAUCAGCCCCCCCCCGCUCAGUCACCCGCCGACCCCCCCAGCCACCACCCCCACUCCAGCGCCUGGCAGUCCCCCCCACACGGCCACGGCAACAGGGAGAGAGGGGUCGCCGAGGGCAACUGGAGCCCCCAACUUCCCCCUGGCAACUACAAAUGCCCCGGCAAGGAAGUGGAGCACCGCAGGUGUGCUGGUGAGUCGUGUACGGGCUCCGCUGGGGCCUCCAGAGUGGAGCAGUGUGCUGCCUUCAACACGCAGGAGUUCAUGGGCCGCCUCUACGACUGGGAGCCCUUCACAGAAGUGGGUACGGAGCAGCAGUGUGAGCUGACGUGUAGGCCAGUGGGGUAUCGCUUCUACGUACGCCAGGCGGAGAGGGUGAAGGAUGGAACGCCAUGUGUCAACAGCACCGCCAACGAUGUGUGUGUGGGGGGACGCUGCCUGACUGAAGGGUGUGACGCUGUGUUGGGGUCAGGUCAGGUCAGAGAUAAGUGUGGCGUGUGUGGCGGGGGUGACGGCUCCUGCCAGAGAGUCAUCGGCAGCUUUCACAACACCAGCGUUCCUCUGGGUUACCACCGUAUUCUGGACAUCCCCCCGGGCGCCACGGCAAUCAACAUCACAGAGCGACGAGCCAGUCCCAACUACCUUGCUCUGCGCAGUGGUACUGGUCAGUCGGUGGUGAAUGGCCGCUGGGCCGUGGACCCCCCUGGAGAGUACCGGGCAGGGGGGACCACCUUCAACUAUGUGCGGCCCAGAGCAGGGCCUGAAGGGCAGGGAGAGGAACAAGGAGAAACCCUCUCAGCUCCAGGACCCACCACCACCUUACUGCAGCUAUUUAUAAUUUACCACAAGCAGAACCCAGGUAUUGACUACGAGUACUACAUCCCAGUGGAGAAGAAGAGAGAAGGAGAAAGAGAGAGAGAGAGAGAGAGGCCCAGAGAUGGAGGGAGGGCAACGCUCCGAGAGAUUAGUGCUCUCACUGUCACCUCUGAGGACCCCAUCCCUGCUCCCCCUGUCUCCUCGUCCCCCUCCUCUCCUGCUAGAUGGACACCCGACAGGUCCCGCCCACGGGGCUCAGCACCCAAUCGUAACGCUCGAAUUCCCCCUCGCACCGACGUGCCAUUGGACAACCAGCCUCCAUUUGUGUGGCGGAGGGGCCCGCUGACAGAUUGCUCUGCCUCCUGUGGAAAAGGGUCCCAUCACAGGGUCAUUGUGUGUGUGAACCGUCACACUGAACAGGAAGUUCCUGAGGGGAGGUGUGACUCAGCAUCCAGGCCCCUUCCAGAGGAAGAGCCGUGCAACGUGCACUCCUGCCCUCCAUUCUGGGAGCAAGGCGUCUGGUCCGACUGCAGUGUGACGUGCGGUCGGGGCCUCCAGCAGAGGCAGCUCCAGUGCCGCCUGAGCUUCGGGAACCGCACCACCAUGGUGCACCCCCAGCGCUGCGCCGGUCUCCCCCGGCCCGACGCCACCCAGCCCUGCCAGCCCAAAGUCUGCUCCAGCUGGGAGGUCAGCUCUGACUGGAGCUCUUGCUCAGUGGACUGCGGAGUGGGGAAGAGGACCCGGAAUGUUCGAUGUGUGAGUAACCAAGGGGACGAAGUGGGUGACGCUGAGUGCAGUUCCAGACUCCGCCCACAAAGAAGUGAAGACUGUCACAUGGGGCCGUGUGUGACCAACUGGUACAUCACUGAUUGGACAAACACUUGUUCGGCGGAGUGUGGUCCGGGGAUCCAGCGGAGGGAGGUUGUGUGUGUGACGCGUGGCAGGGGCGGAGAGGGCGGUGGGGGUGGUGACUGUGUGGGGGAGAAGCCGGCUGACAUGAAGGCCUGCAACGGCGGACCCUGUGUACCCACGGCCAUGUGGUUCAGUGGGCCAUGGGGACAGUGCAGCUCACCAUGUGGGAACGGAACCCAGCGCAGAGACAUCAUCUGUGUCCAGAAACUGGGAAGUGAUUACACUGUGACACCAGCCAGCGAAUGUGCGCACCUGGAAAAGCCUUCCCCAGUGCAGACAUGCGAGUUGUUCCCCUGUGAACCACAGUGGUUUACCACACAAUGGAGUGCGUGUUCUCGCACAUGUGGCGAGGGGAAACAGGUCAGGGAAGUACGGUGUCUCAGCCCGGACAAACAGCACAACUUAGACUGUAACCAAGACACCAAACCCCCACAAGAGCAAGUCUGCAAUGUUUUACCUUGCAGCCCACUUGUUGCAGAUGAGAACUGCAGAGACGUUCGUUUUAACUGUAUGAUGGUGGUCCAGGCACGCUUGUGUGUGUACUCUUACUACAAGACAGCCUGUUGCGCCUCCUGUACCCAGAGUGCCUUGCGAGCCAAAAGACACUGACCUGAACAGCAGAUGUCAUCACUCAUCACCCACCUAGGGGCCCUGCGGAGGAGUGCAAGCCAUGCUGUGAUUGGCCAGGGACAAUACCACAUGCCUGAGCUCAACCAAUCACAGACUAGAACAGGUAUAAUCCCCAGGAGAUAGCCAAUCACAAACUUCUUGCUGGGAUGGACUUCCGGCAAAGUGCUGACCGAGGAUUAGUUUGCCUUCACCCAAAUGCCCUAUCCCUUCACUCGGAGCUAAGAAGCAGCACUGGUCCCAGACCUGUGCUCAGUGUCAUGCCUGACGCCUAUACAAACCCUGGUAUCCUGCUGGAUACAGUAGAUAUGCACAUUGGCGAUGUGAGCAUUUUGUACUUUGUGAUGUAUAUUUGUAUAUGCCAAAAAAACAUGAAUGAGUUAUUUUCUGUGAAGGCUGUAUUGCAGGUCGUCCAGAAAGCAAAAACAAACAAACAGACAUAAAAAGCUAAAUGAAAAGAAACACUUGAAUGUAGACGUCCCCUCUAAAACACAGAACCCAAACAAUUUUUUUGAGCCGAUUUUCAAUGACAAAACCUUAAAUAACAGCAAGACAAAAAAUGAAUGUACCCCAACCAAUGCCGUCACGCCUUCAUGCUUCAUGUGCUCAUCCUCACUGUGCUCACACACACAGAGGCAGGCUGCGAGUAAAGCACCAUAUAAUGUCACGUCACGUCCUGUGCUCAGGGUUCGGGGGUUUGGGGGGGUAUUUGAAGUGUCCAGUUUUCAUGAUGACAGGUAUGGAAGACAAACAAAACAAACUGUUUCCAAAUCAGCUGAAGUUGGGUAGCUUGUGCUAGAUUCUUUUGAAGCACGAUGGACAGGAUCAGUGUAUCUGACACCAGUGGACAGUUCCUAACUACCACCUGAAUGAUCGGUGUAUCAGUGAACACUUCCUAACUACCACAUGAAUGAUCGGUGUAUCAGUGGAUAGUUCCUAACUACCACAUGAAGGGGGCGCUUAGCAGGCAGAAGAUGGUAAUGUUUAACUUUAUUAUGCACUUAGGCUAAGUAAAACUUCACACUGACCAGUAAUAGUUUUAUCUGUCUUACUUUUCAGAAGGUGCUUCAUGUUCUUUCAUGGUAAAUUAAGAAUGUGUAUGAGUUGAUAUUGACAAGCCCAAAUAUGGAUAAAUCUGACUAUUUACUAUGAGUAAAGGUUUUUCAAAUGGAAGGUAAUUGAAAGAGGUCCCAACAAACUAAUUUGGUCCAUUGGUGUAACCCUUCAUUGUGUCUAGUUAUAUCCACAGCAUGCAGGUGUUGCAUGACUAACCCACUACUUCAUAAUUAUACAUAUACAGAUUAUGAUUUGUACUCGUCAUAAUCAAUGAGUGUUUCAAACUGUUUUACACAGCAUCUUUCAUGCUUGUGUGCGUGUGUGUGCGUACCACCACCCCCCUCCCUCCCCCCACACACACACAGUCACGCACUCACUCUUCCUCACAUACAUGUGCACACAAGGAGGUGGGAACUGGUAUUUGAAAUCCUGCUUAUCCCUUUGCAGGCCAUUAUGGUUUGGCCCAACAGAUGGAGCCAAAGCCUCUGUCGGAAUACAUCAGGCUAAAGACAAGCCUCUGUGUCAUUUAAGGAUCUGUUUGUGUGUGUGUGUCUGUGUGUGUGUGUGUGUAUGUGCGUGUGUGUGUGUGUGUCGUGUGUGUGUGUGUGUGGGUGUGGGUCAUGUGUGUGUUUGUCAGAGUGACAACUUUGUCUUUAGGUUAUGUCUUCUUGGCGUCUGUUUGUAGAUAGUGGAUUAUGAAGUUUUUUCUGUUGUGUUUGAGACAGUGAGAGUGUUUUGCAUUAUUUACAUUUAUGUCCUAGAUUGCUUUUAGAGACAAAAUUACUUUUAUACAAAAUACAAAAUGGAUAGUAAUUUAUCUGUCAUAAAAAGGACAUAAUUUAUUACACUUUUUCCAAACAAAGUUGUAGCAAAGGGCUUUUUGUUACUCUUUUAAGAAUUUUACUGUCAAGAUGUUAUUAUUGUGAAAUGUGAUUUUAUUGUAAUAUUUUUAAAGACAAACCAGUGUGUGAAACAUUUAUCAUCAUGCUUCAUUGGAAAUAAACAGAAAAUACGACU